CACCCGACUCUAACUCUGAUCUAAAAAGACCAAAACCUUCUCUUCUCUUCAUUCUGCAAUCUGUAUCUUAUUAUUCUCUCACUUCUGACACCUUUCCUCUUUCACUUCCCUUUUGUCUUCUUCCUCGGCCGCACUUUCUCUCUUUCCCAUUCUUUUUUAUAUAUUUUUAUUUUCCUAAUAUUCUCCUUUCUGUACACUCACACACAACACAACACAACACAACACAACACAAGCUUCUUUUUUUCUCUUUUACAGCAGAGGAACCCACCUACCUUAAUUUCCUUCCUUUAUUACAAUUCCCCCUUUCUUUCUCCUUCACCUUCUCAUCACUUUUCUCUCCAUAUUCAUCUUUUCUUUCCACCUCACACCAACCCUAUUUUCCCUUCAAUUCAAUCAUCAUCAUCAUCAUCUGAUCAUAUAUGUUUUUCUCAUGAUGAAUGAUGAUACAUCUUAGGUUGUAAGACACGUCUUUCUUUUACAAUCAAAAUUUUAUCUUUAUAUCAUCCUCUGUAAGUACUUUUGUUUGAUUCUGAUAUAUUAUUGUAAGUUACUGUCAUCAUCAGCUAAGGGAAACUCGCGUGUCCUUAAAUCGUGUCUGUCUGUUGAUUUCGGCUAACAGGAUAAUUAUUUUAGGUGUAAACAAUUAUAUUUAUGGAAUUCUUGUUUAAUUGCAAGCUGAUUAAGUUAAUGGGUGGUGGCAACCUAAAUUCAUUAGUUUGCAAGAUUGUUUUUUUGUUUAUUGCUGUUUUGAUUCUAAGAGCAUUUUUGCUACCUCAAAACCUUGUAUUUAUGAGCAAGAAUGUUUCAUCAUAUGGUUUUGUUGUUCAACAACAAAAGUUUUUGGAGGUUCCUCAAAUUGUUUGGGGAUUAAACAACCAAAAGAUUGCAUUUGCAAGGGCUUGUCUUACUGCAAGAAUGUUGAACAGAACACUAUUGAUGCCUAGUCUUAGUGCUUCCUUGUUUUACAAGGAAAUCGAUCUUUUACAACCGAUUUCAUUUGAUAAGGUGUUUCAAUUUGAUAAAUUUAAUGAACUGUGUAGUGGUUUUGUUCAAUUGGGUCGUUACUCUGAUCUCUUGAACAGAACACAAGUGGUUGAAUUGCAGAAAGGAAGUGGUAGAAAGUGGACAGUUCAAAGGGAUUUGGAUCAGUUGAGACAGUAUAAAAAUGGUUCUUUUGAUGAUAUUGAGGUGAUUAAGAUUGAUGGGAAAAACCCUUUCUUGUGGCAUGAUCAUUGGCCUGUUAAGGACUAUGCAAAGGUUUUUGAGUGCUUAGUCCUGGUUGAUGAAUUUACUCAAGAAGCUGAUAGAGUUGCCUCUAUGAUUAGAAAAGUUGGUAGCCAUGAUGAUAAAGGUAAUUCAUUUCAGAAUUAUGUGCCUUAUGUUGCUGUUCACAUGAGAGUAGAAAUUGAUUGGACGAUUCAUUGCAAAAAAUUGGAGCAAAGAUUGAACACAAAUCAGAUAUGUAGUAGCAAGAAUGAGAUAAUGGAAAGAGUAGGGAACAUUGAAGGUCUUAACAAGAAUCAAGUUGUUCUUUAUCUUGCAGUAGCUGAUAAACUACUUCAAAAUUCUUCAAUAUUGGAAGGUUGGAAGGAAGGGUUUCUACCUUUUGAGAAGAAGAAACUUGGUGUUGAUAAAAUAUAUGCAAAAUAUCCUUAUUUAAUUCAGUCUGCAAUUGAUUAUGAAGUCUGUUUGAGAGCUGAUAUCUUUGUUGGUAACAGUUUCUCUACAUUUUCAAGUCUUAUAGUUCUUGAAAGAACACAAAAGAUGAUCAAAUUGGGUGUGAAUGAAAUGUGUGGAAGUGAUGUAAGAUGGCCUUCUUUUGCAUAUAAUAUAAAAGGAGAAUUGAAUGGUCCUAUGAGAUGGGUUACAAAUAUGUCUGAUUCAAGCCUUCAUGCUAUCAGCUAUGGCACUAACCACAUUUCUUGUUGAAAGCUAUGUAGCACGAACGCUUCACAACGAAAGCGUAAUCGGUGUCCUAUACCAUUAUUACGACAUCAACACAUGUAACUACAUUCAAAUAUUUUAUUUUUUACAUUUUUUUAUUAACAUCGUUGAUGUGUCAGUAUCGAGUGUUUUUGCUCCAUAGGUUGAUAGAGCCUGUAUUAUCAUUGUUACAUUACAACUCAUACUUUAAAUUUAUGUAGAGAAUUUGAUAAAUGAAUACAGUUGUUGGAACUUAGGUACAGUUUGUCAAAAA